GUCAGAUUUGAGUACUCACCCCGUCAUGUGCCGUGCGUACUUCCUUGAUGAAAUACUUUAUUCUAAAAAAAUUUUCAAUCUGUAAAAUCGAAAAUGGCUUUGGAAAAGAACGAAGCCCAUAGACCAGGACCCUUCAAACAAAGUAAUAAGACGCACAAACACGGCAGACAUCGUUCUAAAGGAUCAAUAAGCCUAGCUACAAAAGGAAAAGUCUCUUUAAAAAGCCUUUCUAAGAAAAAUAAAAGGGACUUAAACAGAGACCAACGAAGGCAUCAGUCUCUUCAAAUUCGGCAGAACAAAAGGGAAGAAGUGUUGAAUAAGAAAAGAGCUCUUGGAGGACUUGAAUUUGCUCCUAUUUUUGUUUCUGUUAUUCCAUUGAACAGGGAAUUCGAUCCUACGUCAGCUUUGGCGGUUUUAUCACAGUGUGGAGAAGAUGCUAUUGUCAGACAUACAUCUACUGGAAUUACGCACAUUUGUGUGCCUAGAUUCAAGAAAAAGUUCUCACUGAUUAGUCCUGCAAAAGACAAUGAAUUGGACGUUCUCGAUACUUUGAAAGUUGCAGAUACUGUAUUGUUUUUAUUAUCGGCAGUCUAUGGAGCAGAUGAUAUUGAACAUAUGGUAGAUAAUUUUGGAAAAAGGAUUUUAUCUUCAAGUUUUGCACAGGGAUUACCAACACCUGUAGUUGCAUUAACAGAUCUAGAAAGCAUAGCACCUAAAAAACGCAAUGAAUUCAAACAAAAUGUACAAAAGCUCGUUGCCCAAUGGUUACCUGAUGAAAAAUUGAUGGUCUUGGAUAAAAGUGCUGAUGCCAUAAACAUUUUAAGGAAAAUUGGCGACCAAAAGAAAAAACCAGUUUUGUAUAGGGAUAGGAGGCCAUAUUUGUAUGGUGAAGAAGUGGAGUAUAUUCCUGACAAAGAAGGACCUAUGGGUACUUUAAAAGUCACUGGCUAUUUGAAAGGUUCACCAUUAUCAGUCGAUCAACUUGUACACAUCCCUGGAUUAGGUGAAUUCCAAAUGACUCAGAUAGAUGCGCCUUUUGAUCCAAGUAAAGCAGAUAAGAACAGAAAUAGAGAUUCAAACUCCAUGGAAGACGACAGCAGCAUGAUCAAAGUUUUAGGAAGAUGUGAUCCGGCCAAACAAGAGUCAUUGGAUUCAGAAAAUAUACCCGAUCCUAUGGACGCCGAGCAAACUUGGCCAACAAAUGAUGAUUUCGAAAUGGCCGAAAAAGAAAAACUUUUGAAAAAGAUCAAAAAGGUUCCCAAGGGUUGGUCAGAUUAUCAAGCAGCUUGGAUCCCUGAUGAUGAUGCAGAUUUUCAAGAAGAUGAAGUCAGUGAAAGUGAAGAGGAGUCUGGAGAUGAAUUUAUGGAUGCAGCUUCAGAGGAAAAGUCUUAUUAUUCCGAUGCUGAGGACAAAGAGAAAGAUUUUGAUACUGUAACUGAGUCAGAUGUUGGUGUAAAAGAUGACAAGUACGACCAACAAAUGGAUUUGGAUGCAGAGAAAAAGGAUUUGGCCAACAUAAAGGCUGCUAAAUCUGAUCGUAUGUUCCCUGAUGAAAUCGAUACACCUGUAGAUUCUUCAGCAAAGGAUAGGUUUCAGAAAUAUAGGGGAUUGGAAAGCUUUAGAACAUCGCCAUGGGACCCCAAAGAAAAUUUACCGAGCGACUAUGCUAGGAUAUUUCAGUUUCAGAAUUUUGACAGGACAAAAAAACGAGUUCUCAAGGAGGAGGAAAAUAAGGAUGGGGCUAUGCCUGGGUGGUACAUUACUGUGCAUGUAAAGUCCCUAUCGCAAUUAAUGUGGUCUACGUUUCAAGAAACAAAAUCACCAGUCAUUUUGAUGGGUCAAUUUCCACACGAGCAAAAAAUGUCUGUACUAAAUGUUGUUUUGAAAAGAACUGCAAACUAUGAUGCCCCAAUAAAAUCAAAAGAUAGACUUAUAUUCCAGUGUGGUUAUAGAAGAUUUAUUACGAAUCCUGUAUUUAGUCAGCAUACAAAUGGACAAAAGCAUAAGUUUGAACGAUUCUUCCAACCAAACUCAACUGCAGUAGCCACGUUUUACGCUCCAAUACAAUUUCCGCCAGCACCCAUAUUAUGCUUCAAAGAAGUGUUAGGUACUCUUGUCUUAGUUGCUACAGGAAGUCUUCUAUCUUGCAACCCGGAUAGACUUAUUAUCAAGAGAGCUGUAUUAUCAGGACACCCAUUAAAAAUCUACAAAAGGUCAGCUGUUGUACGAUUUAUGUUCUUCAAUAGGGAAGAUGUUCUUUAUUUCAAGCCUUGCAAGCUUACAACAAAAAUGGGUAGAACUGGACACAUUAAAGAAGCUUUAGGCACACACGGACAUAUGAAAUGUGUUUUUGAUGGACAACUCAAGUCUCAAGAUACAGUUCUUUUAAACUUAUACAAAAGAGUUUUUCCAAAAUGGACCUACGAAAAUCUGAUUGUUAGUUGUGCAAAUAAUGAAAUGGAGACUUGAAACGUGUCCUUAUUUACAGAUAUGUACUGUUAUUCGCAUACCAGUUUUUAAUAAAUAAAUGUUAAUUAA